AUGACCAGCCAAGACGAAGCCAGACCGCCGUUCCCGCCCUUCACCGAGGAAACCGCGAGGAUCAAGGUGAAGGCGGCCCAGGAUGGAUGGAACUCCAAAAACCCCGCAAAAGUGAAGAUGGCUUACACGCCCGACUCCAUCUGGCGCAACAGAGACACUUUUCUCCAGGGUCGAGAUGAGAUUGAGCAAUGGCUCACCAAGAAGUGGGAGAAGGAGAAUGGCUACCGACUGCGCAAGGAGUUGUUCGCCUUCACCGAGAACAAGAUUGCCGUCCAAUUCUGGUAUGAGUGGCAUGAUGAGUCGGGACAAUGGUGGCGGACGUAUGGUCUCGAGGAUUGGACCUUUGCUGAGAACGGGCUUAUGCGCAAGAGACAGAUGAGCGGGAACGAUGUCAAAAUUGAAGACACAGAGAGGUGGUUCCGGGAUGGCGUUGAUGUGAAUACCGUUGAUAUCUCGGAGAGGCACUGGUAA